AUGAGCAGUAUAGCUGAUAUAAAUAUGGAGGAAAGAAAAGAAAAUAAUAAAUGUUCCACUAUUAUUUUAAAAAAAAAGGAAAAUAAAGAAAUUCUUCAUUCUGAAUUUGUACAAAAUGAUAUUUUAAAAAAAUAUGAUAUUUUUUCUAAUGUUUACACGUCAAGUGAUGAUUUUAACUUUGUCGAUAGUGAAGAAGAUAUAUUAUCUAAAAAUUUAGAAGAUUCUAGUCAGAAAAAUAUUUUAAGUUUAACUGUUCAUAAUAUUAUAAAUAUUUAUCCAAAUAACGAAAGAAACAGAGAAUUUAAAAAAUAUAAGGAAAAAAAAAUAGAAGAAAAAAGGAAAAAAGAAUUAGAUGAAGAGAAAAAAAUAAUUGAAAAAAAAAAAGAAAUAUAUGAAGAAAAGAGAAAGAAGAAAUUAGAAAAAUAUAAAAUUGAAAAAAAAAAAAAGAAACUAAUAGAAAAAGAAAAAUAUAAUAAAGAAAAUAUAGAAUAUAAUUAUUUAAUGGUUCAAAAUUUCUUUGAAUUUUUAAUGAAAAAAGGAAAAUGUAGAGAUAUUUAUUUUUCAUUUCAUGAUUUAUAUAUUUCACCAAUGAGAUUAUAUUAUUUUGCAAAUAUAGACAUUGAUCAAAUAUAUUAUUUAGAUUUAUCAAGAAAAUGGUUACCAGAUAAUUUUGUUUCCAUAAUAUUAGAGUUAUGUUCAUGUAAAAAAAUAAAAAUUUUGAAUUUGUCAUAUAACAAAAUAACUUACAACAGUCUAACACUUUUUUCUAAUUUUCUAUCAGAAAAUAAAACGUUAUUUAGUCUGGAUCUAGGGAAUAAUGAUUUAACAGAUAAUGGAAAGAAUUUUGAGGGAAUUAAUAAAAUUUUUGAAUCUAUUAAAAAUAAUAAAACAUUAAAAAUUUUGAAUUUAGCUAAUACAAAUAUGAAUCAUAAUAACGGAAAUACAUUAUGCCAGAUACUAAAAAUUAAUAAAUCACUAGUAGAAAUGAAUUUUGAGAAUAAUAAUUUUA